UUACGGGUAGUAACUCGAAGAACAAUGAGGUGGGGCAGCGAGCGCGAUUCAGGAGCAGUAUUUACUCGAUUGGCUCUUAUCCUGCUGACAUUUCUGACCUCUGCAACCUGGCUUCCGAGACGACCGGCUGCUUUUGCGAUGCGUGUGGAUCCUGAACGAAUCGCCGCCCGACUGCGUAUCGAGCAGGAGAUUGCGAUGGAUAAGUUGAGUAAACUGGGCAGGAACAGACGGCAACUUGCUGCAACACCCAAAGAAAUCUCCAUUUCCAUUACAGCGCCGUUGUUUUCCAGCAGACUGUUCGAGUACGGGACGGAUGCUGGCGAUGAGGAGCUGCCUCCAAGCCUCGAUGCCGCCAAAAAGAUCACCAUCGCUUAUCCGCUGCGAUUUUACGGAAUGGACUCAUCAACUGUUUAUGUAAGCCCACCGCACGUUUUUGUAUAA